AUGUAUAAGAGGUCAAUCUACCAGACCUUUCGUGAGGUAGAUUUAUUAGACAAGAAAAAGACAGUGACAGCUCUUAAGGCUGGAGAAGAUCGAGCCAUUCUGCUAGGACUUGGAAUGAUCCUCUCUUCUGUCAUGAUAUACUUUGUCCUGGGGAUCACCACACUGCGCUCCUUUGCAGACAGCGUGUGGACAGAGGAGGGUGUGUGUGCUGUGCUCAACUCUACGGUCACAGCAGACAGGAACUGUUCCUACAGCUGUGGGUCAGACUGCUGGAGAGUCUCCAAAUACCCCUGCCUACAGGUCUACGUGAGUGUCAAUAACACAGGUCGUGUCAGCCGUUUAUCUCACAACGAAGAGACCCAGUACGCCGGCUCUGAAUGUUUUUUUGUGCCCAGGUGCCAGAAGGACAGCGUGGCCAUGCACAAUAUAAUUAUAAAUAUCUCCAAGCAUCUGAAGAUGAACCAGCAGCUCCCUUGUUACUAUGACCCCAGUGGGCAGCGGGAGACUGUUCUCCUGACUCGGCUGUACGACCACAAUGUCAUUUUCCUCUCGCUGCUCUGGCCCUCUUGCAUGCUCACAGGUGGGACCCUCAUCAUCAUGAUGGUGAAGCUCACCCAGUAUCUCUCCAGACUGUGUGAAGAGAUAGGAAAGAUCAACAGGUGA